AAAGCACAUGUAGGUUAUCCAAUCCCCCUCAACAGGGACAAAAAUAGCCUUCGAUUCGUAUACAUGUUAAACAAGAUUGAUGUACAUCAUUCAUCGAGGAAGUAUUUCAUAAUGUAUUUGAAAAUUGAUAAACGUGAUAUCAAAUGCGGCAAGCAUCACAAUUCUUGAUGACCCGAUUGAAAGAUGAUUACCACUUAUUUGAUACUAAUCAGUUUCUUUACAAUAUGUACUGAAAGUACGGACGAUUGUCCUGAUCAGAAUUGGCCAGGCUGUAAGGACAAUUGCAGAGCUACAGAAAACAAGAGUUGUGAACCGUGUGAAGACGGUACAUUAGGUGUAAAUUGUUCAGAGCCAUGUUCAGCCGGCUAUUACGGAGAGAGAUGUUAUAAAGUGUGUAACUGUACAGAAGGAGAGGUUUGUGAUACACGGUACGGCUGUGUGGAGAACAGAACGGACGACAUCGCGGGGAUAACUACGUACAAAUACGUGCAAGUAACAUCAAAGGAUUAUCUCAGUACAACUGCACCAAAGUCUAAAUAUUUCCAAACAUCAAACUCUCCUGAAGGAACAGGAACGCGAAGAAGUGACGAGGCUGAUGCUGUGAGUAGCCGCGCGGUCAUCAUCACCGGAAGCUGCCUCAUAGUCAUCUGUAUACUUUCAGUAAUAGCGUAUUUAUGCUAUUCAAAAAGCCGAAAAGCAGGAUUAGUGCGACACAGAAGAAAGAGUGACAGAUCUGGGAAUUGGACAGACGGCAAUAUAUCUCAGAAUGCAGGUUUGGGGGAUGAUGAGUGCAUAUACAGUCAAGUGAAUUCUGUACACAUGCAGGAACUCCCACUUCCCUGCCUGCCGUCAGCUGCCCUAGACCCGCUCUAUGGUCACGCAGAUGAUGCGAUUUAUAAUACUCUUUCUCUCAAACUAAAACUUGACAACAAGGUCCUGGAUCCUGAAUGUGAUCAUGUACCAAAACCCCCUGAUUCUGUGUCAGUUACACAAGUUCACAGUGUAUACGAAGAGCCCAGUCCAUUUGUUCCUUCUGACUUGGGUCUCGAGUCGAACUCUUUAGUGAAAACGACAGUUAGUGGAUAUACAGAUAAUUACCUUCAAUGUGUGGAUAUACCAUCGCUGAAGAGAAAUCGGAACACCUCGGGGAUUGACAUUAGUGGAGAAAAUGAGGAAACGAAACAUUCUGAGUGCUCAAAAAGUGAAAACGUCGGUGAAGAAAUAAAGUCCUUUGCAUUUGCUGUAAAAUCAAACACUGAAAAUCACUCCUUUCGUGGUUCCCUCGAGGAAGACGCGCCUGGCAUGGUUGCAGAUAAUUAUUAUAUAAUAUCGAAAGUCGAAGUUGAGAAUCACCAGUCAUUUUCAAAACCCUAAAAGACUUCCGUUUUCGGGGGUUGGAAAAAAGCGAAAUAAAAAUCAACAUGGACAAGUCAGACCGAGAAAAAAGAAUUACCACGAAUAGAAAAUAUCGAAUAUGGCUGUCGGUCGGUAGUACAAAUGUAUACAUGCAUAUAUAUUUCUUUAAAAAGAUGAAAAUCCGUACAGCACAAUGAUAAUAAUAAAGAAAAACACACAAAAACAAAUAUUUACAUUUCCAGUGUUCUUUACCAAUAGGCAAGUUCCGAGAUAUCAGCUCUUCUGUGAUGGAGGUACGUUCAGUAUUCUGUUGAACGCUUGGGUGGGUACAAGAUGUAUACAUAUAUUAUAGACUAACCAUGUUAAUAAGAAUAAAAGUACUCAAAGCGUAAA